AGAGCGAAGACGUGAAAGUUUUGUGGUCGCGAAAAUAGAAAAACUUUUCUUCUUUCUCUUCAUCAAAUUUAUGUUAGAAAAAAAGAAAAAUCAUUUCUGAAAAUAUAGAAAAGACGUUUUGAAGUGAUUCCAGUGAACAAUUCUCUCGUGUCAGAGUUUUGUUCUUAUUCAGUUGAUUUGAUUUAUUAAAAGUAGCAUCGACAUGCGUUACUUUGUGGUUUUGUCACUCUUUUGUCUCAUUCUUGUCACCAUUAAGGCAAAUUCAUAUUUGGAUAGUGAUUUAUUGAAUGACGAUGAGUUAAAUUACCCCGCACCUGACAACUACUUGGACGACCUGCAGGCGCCUGCAGAAAAGCGUGCUUGCAUCAGACGGUCAGGAAACUGCGAUCAUCGGCCAAACGGAUGUUGCUACAACUCAUCAUGUCGCUGCAAUCUCUGGGGCUCCAACUGUCGAUGUCAGCGAAUGGGAUUGUUCCAAAAAUGGGGAAAAUAAACUCAACUUGUUGAUUGUCCCCGUCAUGAUUCCAUUCGAGUGGAAGAUUUUAAACGUUUUGUUGAACUUUAUUCAUUUCCCACUUCAAUCAUCAACGACUUGAUAAUUUUCUUAAUUUAAAUCACUUCACGUCUUGAGUUCCUUCUUAAAGAAGCUUAAAAUUGAUGAAACGAUUCAGUUUAAGAUCUUUUUAUUAAUUUUUCCCAAUGGAAAACGGUUCUUGACCAAAACGCCUAAACGUACCAAGGAUUAUGAGAGGCAGCUAAAACAAAAAACUUAAGCUUACGAUGAUGUUAAAAAUUUCAACUCAUUUCGACGAUCUUUCUUGAAAUUUUCUUCUUUUUAUCAGUUUUUCUUUUCGGAAAAUCUUCAAUUUAAAAGAAAAAUUUAAUACAAACACGAAUGGAUAAUUUUGAAUGUUUUUCAAUCUUAAAAUGUGAACACAAAAUGAAAGCUCGAUAGCGACAUUGUAAAUGACUGAAAGCUCGAUAAGGAAUCUUGUUGACAAAAGUCACAUCCAGCCACAACUUUUGUCGAUGAAAUUUCCCUUUAAAUUCUUUUUUUCUUUCUUUUAUUCGAGGAUCACAAAAACCGAAAGGUUCGGAGGUUCUCCAGUUCAAGUAUUUACACAUUUAUCUUAAAAGUCUCAAUGAAGGGAAAAUUUUCCAGCAUUUUCCCUCAACCGCUGAAAAUUCUCUUUACCAAUUGCCAAUUAAAGCUUUAAUCUCAAAAUUUCCUUUAAUGUUUUGUGUUUGCAAAGGCGGUUUGGUUUGAAAGGCGUGCGAAGUUUUUCCUUUCUCUUCAAUGAUGAGAAUUGAAUCAGAAUGAGAUUUGAUAACAAUUUAAUGUAAUUUCUGAUGAUGAAAUCUUCACAUGUCUCGGCAUUGAGCUUUCAGCGAUUAUUUCGCAAUCGAGCUUUUCAAAUGAAUUUCAAUACUUCGCGAACUUUCACAUUUAUGUCAAACAAUUUGUGUUUUCACUUCAUAAUUUCCUUUCCCUUCCUCCUAACAAAAUAAAAUUAUACGAGAAGUUGGGGGAUGAAACCAAUUAAAAUUAUAAAUAUGAAAUUCUUAUUAAUAAAACAUUUAAUCAGACUGCAUAAAGUGAAGAAAAGACGAGUUUAUUUACCUGUCAAUGGAUCAAUAUUCAAUAUUCAUCAUAUAAAAUUAAUGUUCAAUGUUGAAGGUGUUAAAUAACUUUAUAAAGUAUUCUACAUGGAAAAAAUGUCUUCUUGGUGAAUUUUCAAUAACUUUUAUGAUGAUCAAACGAGAUUGAUUGCUUUGAAAGCUUUUAAACUUAAAGUUUAAUAAAUAAAAAAAGACUUGAAGGAACUUGAACAAAUUAAAGAAAAUCAAUUAUUCAAAUAUUUAUGAAGCUCUGUUUGUCUUUGAACUCUUCAAAUUAUUCUUAUAUGUAUUAACCACCCACAACUCAAUGUUAAACAUUUACAUUUGUAUGAAUAAAGAAAGAAAUGUCCGGAAAUUAUAUAAAAUUAUAUUCAAGUCGCAAAAGCGAUGAAAGAAAUGAUGGAAGCGAAGAUCUUUCUGUAAAAAUAAUGUGAAUAAAACGAAUUUUUAAAC